GUCUCCUUCUACCUGCGCCUUUUUCUGUUCUUGCGUUCUUUUUUGCUGUGACAACUGUACGCACAUGUCACGGCGUAUAUGUGGAGAAGCAAUGUCCUCAGGGUGAGGAAGUGUUCCUCUGCUGCAGCAUGGCGCAACACCAGGUGGUAUAGCUCGCAGACGAGCUUGCCCAUUACGAUUGAAGAGUUCAAUGAUGCCUUAAAGGACAUUUAUGGCUCUCUCAAACCCUCUCAAGGGUAUUUUGGGGGCGGCAAUCCUGACAAGCUGGGCUUCGCUAUCAGUGGAGGUGUGGAUUCCAUGGCACUUGCCUCUUUAUUUGCAAAUGCUAGAGACUCAUGGAAGGCCAACAUCCUCAGCCAUGCCUUUAUCGUGGAUCACAAGGUGCGCCCAGAGAGCACCGAAGAAGCAGAAUGGGUUGCUGAGCAGUGUCGUGCCAAGUUCGGCAUGGAAGCCGCCGUUCUGCCUCUCACCUGGCCCGCCGAUUUCGACCCACUCGAUGGCAAGCGCUUCGAGACGGAGGCACGCACUCUACGGUACCAGGCACUUGGUCGGGCCUGUCGCGCGGCAGGGAUUCGCAAAUUGUUAGUUGCACAUCAUGCAGAUGACCAGGCCGAGACGGUCUUGAUGCGCCUUGCGAACAACCGCCUGCGUUCUGGCCUGCAAGCUAUGCAGCCUAUCGAAUGGAUCCCUGAAUGCUCUGGCAUACACGGCGUGUCGCAUAGCAGGCUGGCAGCCCACAAUUCAAAUAUACCUUUCCCAACCGAGACCGGCGGUAUACGCAUCUUCCGACCUCUGCUUAGCUUCGACAAAUCGCGGCUUAUUGCUACGUGCGAACAGCAUGGCGUCGCCUGGGCUGAAGACAAGACGAACCAUCUGCAGACGUAUACGUCGCGCAACGCAAUCCGUCAUGUGUUGAAAAACCAUAAGCUGCCAGCUGCUCUGAGCAUCGAGUCGCUUGUGGACGUGUCCAUUCAUAUGCAAAAACGUGUCAACUGGCACAAGUCCCGGGCGAAUCAACUAUUAAGCAAUUGUCGUAAAGACCUGGAUAUUGAAGUGGGCUCUUUGCUUAUCCAGUUCCCUCCCUUUCAAGACCUCCUUGAUGAGUGGCCUACUGAGGAUGUCCCUUCUUUCCCGGCAAUGCGGCAUGCCGACCCUUCUUUCCUGUGUCAAUCUGUCGACAAGCCAAUUCAGACAUUAACUCAGUCCGACUGGAACAAAGCCAAGAACAAUGCGAUUUACCUCCUCGCACAAGCUGGUCAGUUGGUUUCGCCAAGGGAAACUCCUCCACUGGGCGAACUCGCAGCUACAAUUGCAAAUAUCUGGCCUGAGUUCCGCGAAUUCGAAGAGACUGAUCCUUCCCAGGCUGAGUCUGCUGGAAACAGGACCAAUUUUUGUAUCUACGGCAUAUGGUGGCGCAAGUGGGAUAAAGCGUCUUCCUGGUUCAAACUGAGUCCACGAGCCAUUGAAGAAUUCAUUGGCCCGGGACGCCUUAACGACCGCGAAUGGCUCCUUACGCGCCAGCCUUUAGAAAACCACAGACCCGGCGUCACCUCGAGAAUCAUUCAUUACCCGCCCUCGCACGUUCACCCGCUCACGCAAAUUCCUCCGGGUACACCGGUAAGCAGGCACCACGAUGAAUACCAGCUCUUCGACGGACGUUGGUGGAUAAGCAUUUGGAACUAUAGCACGGAUGCUCUAGUAUUGCGCCACUUUACCAAAAACGACCUUGCCCGCAUCCCCUCUUUGCAGAUCGCAAAGCGCGGCGGCCCUGAGCGAUUCAUUCCCCUUGCACUGUCAGUGCUUAAGCCUGCAGAUAUCCGCUUUACACUCCCAGCCUUGUUUCGGCGCGACAUGGUCACCAAGAAAGAGACUCUUAUUGGAUUCCCAACGCUGAACGUCAGUAUGAGACAGUUUGGUUACCCUAAGGAUGUUUGUUCGUGGCAAGUGCGCUACAAGAAGCUUGAGGUGGACAGUUUGAGUAAGGUUGUUCGCUCAGGUAUCACGCGGGUGAUGAUCGAGAAGGAGGUGGCGAAGUUCAACAAGCCGAAAAGGUUUCCGGGAAUGAAGGAUGGGCUAUUUUCGCGGAACUUGAAGCAGCCGUUCAAGUAUAUAUAUGACCAGGACAAGCCGCUCAUGUUUGAAGAUUCAGCUGUACCCUUUGUACCCCCAGAGUCCUUAAUUACGCGCCCCACAAGGAAGACCGCAAGCAAGGCAAAGACUAUACCACUUGUACCGGUUACCGAGUUCGAACGGCGUGGAAAAUCCGAGAAAAGGGAGGGUGGCGGAUAUAAUAUCAAGUGGGAAGAUUUCAAGGAUCGGUUAUGA